CAUUACUGGGAAGACUAUUAGAAAAGUAAGCAACCCACACUUAGAUAUAACCACUAGUUGCCUCAAAAAAGGUCUUAAAAUUGCAUGAAAACAUGAUCUGUGAUAGACAGACAGACAGACAGAGAGACAGAUAGAUAGAUAGAUAGAUAGAUAGAUAGAUAGAUAGAUAGAUAGAUAGAUAGAUAGAUAGAUAGAGUAGUUACUGCUGUCGCCUGAUUACACCGAGGCUACAAUAGUUGAAUGUUGGACUUCAACUGUCAGUGUUUCUUGCUGUCUUGUGAGAGGAAAUCAUGACUGACUAAUUCCAGGUAAGAAAUAAAUACAUAGAUAAAACCUGCUAGCUGUGAUGAGGAGCAGAGGACGUUUUCCAAAGUGUCUCAGCCCCGUUCAGUAAGACGAUGAAAGGAGAAGUUCAAACGAGCGGCGGAGAAACUUUGAAGGAAUAACGAUCCACAGAUCACAGCGAUCCGGUUUUGAAACGGAGAAUGGACACAUUUGCCAUCAUUUGUGUGAUCUUUUGAAAGAAAAUGGGAGGAUUAUUUAUUAUUUUACUUCAUAACAUCAUAUCGGAAUCGCCUUUCCACAUGUGAGGAGGAUGAAUCGAUUUCGGUUUAUUUAUUUAUUAUUAUUUUUAGAAUAGCCCUAUCUGUUGGUUUAGCGUUUUACAUAACUUUUAACAAGCGGCUAUAGCACUUUUUAGUUAAUGCAACAUUAACAUUGUAUUAACUUUAUUAAAUUUGUUUUUAAUUAACUAAUGUAAAUGGCAAGAUUACAAUCUUAAAAUCUCUCAAGUAUUUUGUGAUGUAAAAAUAUAAAGUUAUUAUAGGCUACUUACGUCAUCGAUGCAUUCAUUAGCUAGUCGUAAUCGUAUUUAUUUGCUUGUAUAUUUAUUAUGAAAUAGACACAUAAAUGUGCAAACAAUAUUUUUAUAUAAUGUAAAUCCAAUUUACUGUUUACUGGUGUGUAACCACGGUAUAAUUUUAAUAGAAUAUUAGAUUAAUAUUGGGAGAACGGUGCAAGUUGCUUGAAGGUAACGUUGUCUCAAAGACAGUACCUCAAAUUCAAACAUUUAAUUUAAAUGAAAUAAUAAUUUGUAUUUUAUUUUGAGUUACCUAUAUAUUGAAAGUAGAUUUCACCCAAAAGUUUGGACUGUGUUCUCAGCACAAGGACAUUCAAAUCAUCUGAACCGAACCAUGUUUGUUGAUUUGUCAGCAUAUUGCAAGAUUACAAGAUGAAGAUGAGUCAAGAGACAAUGUGAAAUCAGGCAUCAGCGAGAAAGAGCUGGAACAGAGAAAGGAAAUUCUACUGACAUACUGAGAGUCAACAGUGGGGCAUCAUUAUAAAGCUGGUGUCACACAACUUCUGACUGAAGAGGUUUUUGUCAAGCAGUGUAGCAAACUGUCAAUAAACACAAUAGAUUGUCCACAGUGACUUAAAAUCAAUGCUCCCUAAGCAUAUCCUUAAUAGGAAGGAGAUAAAGGCAUGUUUUCAUCAACAAAAAGGAACAGCCAUGAAAAAUCAAAGAGAAACAGAUCAGUACUGCACACAUAACCAUUCAUUAAUGUAACUUAAACAGGCACUCUGUAGAAAUCGUGAAGAUUAGACUCCACAGAUUGUUAAUACAAGUUGCUACACAAUAUUUGGCACUACAACCGAAGAAUCCAACACACUGGUGUUCUACAAACAGCUAAGACCCUUGACCUUCAUCAGUAUGAACCUGACUGCCCAUUUCCUGGACCUCAUGCUGAAGGCUUCCAACCUCUCUCGCUGGCAGUUCAUCCAGGAAUUCUCCAUUCCUCCUCUGGUGGCUGUGCCCAGACUCCCUAGCACCCUGCUUCCGGUUUUUGGCCUGCUCUACGUGCUCAUCUUUGGGCUUGCAGUGGUGGGAAAUGGGGCGGUGCUGGUUCUCUUAUGUCACAGGAAGGCUCUGCAGUCUCCCAGCACCUUCUUCAUUUGCUCUCUGGCACUCAGUGACCUCCUUAUAUCCAUAGUGUGUGUUCCUGCCACACUGCUGCAGCACUUCUUCACCAACUGGUUGGCAGGAGAUUUUCUGUGUAAGUUAAUACCAUUCCUACAAGUGACGGCCAUCGGGACCAGCAUGCUCACCAUGACAUGUAUUGCUAUAGAACGUUUCCAGGGAAUCCUUUAUCCUCUGCAUGUCCGCAACAGCUACUUUCUUUGUCAUGCCUUCAAAAUGCUGGUGGCUGUGUGGUUGGUUGCCCUCGCAAUCGCGGCUCCCAUGUGGUUUGUUCAGAAAGUAGAGGUGAAAUAUGACUUCCUGUUUGAUGUCCACCAUACCUGUUGUUUGGAAGUAUGGCCAAGCCAGAGGCAGAGGAGAGCCUACACUACCUGUCUGUCCGUCUUGGUGUUUCUGGCCCCCUUGGUGACCAUGGCCAUCCUGUACUGGAAGAUCAUGCGAGAGCUCUGGGGCAAGCACAAAGUACAUGAUGUCAUGUUUCAAAUGCUCCCGGGAUCUGAAAUCAGCAAGAUUACCAGGAGUAAGAAGCGUGCAGUAAGAAUGAUGGCCACCGUGGUGAUGCUCUUUGUCACCUGCUGGGCGCCAUUCCAUCUGGUCUCCCUCCUGCUUGACUACGGUCAGCUGGACCUUGAUCUUGACUCCGAGUUUCUCUUAGUGAGCGUGGUUCAGAUCCUAGGAUUCAGCAACUCUGUGUGUAACCCGCUGGUUUAUGCUGCCCUCAACACCACCUUCAAAAGGGACCUGCUGGCUCUGCUCACCCGAGGAUGUUCUGGAGCAAGAGGUUGUUGCUGUAGCUCAUGUUCCUGUUGGUCCUGGAGGAGUCACAGACGAGUGGGCAUCUCAGCAGUGGAAUCAGUGGAACCCAGACAGGGCCUGGAGACAACGUGUAGGCAACGAGGGAUCAGAUCGUGUAGUAAAACAGCAUGGGAGGCUGAACCAGAGAGGCCUACGACUAACAUGUUUCCCCCCAUGAACCUUCUCAGCGCCAUCAGGCCCAAAAAGACCUCCAGUACCAUGAUACUAAGUGUUAUUGACCCUCCACACACAAACAGCACGUCUGGAUCGGACCGGCAUCUCACAAGGAUACUGGCUAAUGAUGUGGAUUCACCAACCCGUAGACGGCAGUUUUCAGACCUUUGAAGGAUGUUUUUGGAGCUCAGUUAAUAUCUCCACGAUAAGCAUUGGAGAGUGUGCUUGCAUCAUGGAGUGUGGAUUCUGUCUGCAUGGAUGGGGCCCAACGUCUACUGGAAGUUCUGGGAGUCAGCAGGUACUCGCAGAGGUCUUUGGAAGUGCCCGGCAGAGUGCGGAUGACACCCUCCAUAAAGCCUAACAACAUGCGGAUUUACAUUAAGACAGUUGUAGAGUUUGCUACAUGCAAUGUUUUAUAAUUUGAGACAACCUGGGGAUGGAGAUUACAUACAGGUUUUGCACCCUGAUACCUCAGCCCAUCAUAGUAUGAACAGCUUUAUGAUUAUAACUAUUUAAUUAAAAGAUGGUAUUCUAAAAGAUUGUUAACGUGUAUAUUUUUCUAUUGCUAUGCACAUCAAGUAGCUUAGAUGAUUUCAUCUGUAUAUCUUUGUUACACUGUGACUUAUUUUGAUGUUCCACAUUGAAAGUCUUCUGUCACUGCAUACCAUUCUCUUUUAUGAACACUAAAGUCUUCUUUAUCUCAGAGUAAACCCUUUAGUAUUA